AGCAAAAACAAGAAAGUAAAGACCCAAAGCACCGUGUUUUUCCCCUAACCUUUUUGUAUUGAGCUUCAGUGAACCGUUCACCAAGACGACGGAUUGAUCCGAUUUGUAUUACCUAUGAUCGAAUAUAGGUAAGAAUUCCAUUAAUCAGGAAGCAAGUUAAGAAGUUAAACCAUGAGUUCCAUAGGUGAGAAUGUAGACGACAGGCUUAGCCGGUUACCCGAAGAGAUUCUUUCACACAUACUCUCUCUAAUGCCUAUGAAAUUUGCUGUUCAAACUAGCAUUUUAUCCAAAAGAUGGAGGUACGUUUGGAUGUUUGUCACGAAUCUUGACUUUGGAGAAAUUCACAGCAUGGAUAGUCUACAUAGCUUGACAAAAAUUGUGGAUCGGGUGUUGAAGUUUUGCACACCAUCCCAAGUUAAAUUAUUCCGAUUACACUUUCCUUACAUUUGCGCUCGAAAGUCAAGUGUUUCAAAUUGGAUUGAUGAGUUAGUCAGGUUAAAGAUUAGCGAGCUUGACUUACAGGUUCAGCAGCUUCAGUUGCCACCAAGCAUGUUCACUUGCAGGACCCUCACAAAAUUAAGAUUAGACCGUAGUGGCUAUGCCUUUCGGGAUGUUUGGGAGUUUAAGUGUCCGGUCAAUCUUCCUUGUCUUAAGACUCUUGACAUUGCUGUUUACGCUACUCCUUCUGUCAAUGCAUUUAAACUCAUAAGUGGCUGCCCGAUGCUUGAAAGUUUAUCUUUGGAAGUAACAUGGUUCAACAUGAAUGAAGAAGAUUACGUAUUUAAUAUUCCAACUUUGAAACGACUGAAACUAACGUGGUCCAAAUAUGAUCUACGUAUCAACAAAGUUAUUUUAAAUGUACCUAAUCUUGAACACCUAUAUGUUUGUGGAGCUUUGCGCUCGGUUUUUGUAAUGGAAGAUGUGUCAUCUCUGGUUGAGGCAUCUGUUCCAUUGGAUUACGUAUCAUACGGUCAUCUGUCGGCUGAGCUCCUAAAGGGAUUAAGUGGAGUUAAGUCACUCUCAGUUUAUAAUCAAAGUUCUCCUUGUGAUGUCAACUCACCUCUGCCCGUCUUUCCCAGUAUGACACAUUUGGUAUUGAAGCGUUUUCGGCAUUUUGGACAAAUCUUUCAAUUUCUUGAAAGUUCUCCUGAGUUGAAACAAAUGUGUGUUAUACUAGCUGAACCAUUUCAACAGAAGCCUGAAGAAUAUAGUUGGGUUGAACCGGAGUUGGUUCCGGCUUGUAUGCUCACAAACCUUACAACCAUCAAGUAUUCAAUUUGCGAGUGGUGGAAACGUGAUAUACCGUUCCUAAAAUAUAUGAUGGGGAAUGCAAAGGUGUUGAAGACGAUAACAAUCACUUGGGAAAACAUGAGCAAUGAAAAUGAAAAGUUGGUGUGCGCAGAGGCGGUUAAGCUUCUUCGUAGGGCUUCCAGGUAUUGUGAGAUCCAUUUUCAUGAAAACUGAUCUCGUUCUACAACUAUGUAAUGAACAUAUUGAUAUGUAUUAUUAUGCAAUGUGUCUGCACUUAGUCUUCUCUUUUAGAACUA